GGCGUCGUUUUCUAACAAUUUCACCGCUCUGCUACAAGCUAGGUUGUUUUCAAUCACUGACAUGGCCUCAGCUCCAGCACAGCAGCCCACCCUGACUGUUGAGCAGACCAGAGUGGUAUUGAGUGAGGUGAUCCAGGCUUUCUCAGUACCAGAAAACGCUGCUCGGAUGGAGGAGGCUCGAGAGAGCGCCUGCAAUGACAUGGGCAAGAUGCUGCAGCUUGUGCUUCCUGUUGCCACCCAGAUUCAGCAAGAGGUUAUCAAAGCCUACGGAUUCAACAAUGAAGGAGAGGGUGUCCUAAAAUUUGCCAGACUGGUGAAGAUGUAUGAAACCCAGGACCCUGAAAUUGCAGCUAUGUCAGCUAAACUGAAAUCUCUCCUCCUGCCACCUCUGUCAACACCACCUAUAGGAGGCGCCAUUCCAGCUUCAUAGGGACUAUUUACGUGCAUUGGUCAACUGCAAGGUUACUUUCAUUUACUGCUUUGGAUCUGUGUGACCAUCUUGUGUCUAGAGAUUUUGGAAAAAUUAGUAUCAAACUCAACACUAAUGCGUUCCAGCAAGGAUUAAACACAUACCUUAUCUAAAUUAUGGUUUCAUUUAAAGCAUCCUUGCAAAACUUGUUAAAUUAUUGCUUUUGAAAUGUUUCAGUAUUUAUUGAUGUUACAUGAUUACCAUUUGUCAUUUAACAUUAAACAUUUCCUUUAAUGCCAUAUUUUAUAUCAUUCUUUUAUACCAUUUUUAUAUUCUGUCAAAUGUAUCAUUGUCAUUUUUGUUAUAUAUUAAAAUUCAAAG